GUGAUUUAGUGUUUCAAGUGUUGUUCACUGUGUCAUUAGUAGGUAUCAUGGUUUUCUGUAACUCGGGGUCGGCGUCAGUCGUCGCCCGGCCACAGCCCAGGUGGGUAACUUGUACAUACACGGGGUUAUAGGGGAGAGUGUUAUUCACGUGUGAAUAUGUGUACACUUUGAGGGUUGCAUACUAUAUAUACUUUAUAUAUCAUUUACAGGUGCAAUGUUUUAUGUCCAAUAAAACCUGGAUUUGGGUAAACCUGAGUCUUACUACAAUUUAUUGGACAUAAAAUUUAGGAUGGAUAAAUUCCUUCGUCCCGACCGCUUCGACGCUGAUCCGAACUCCAGUGGUGCUGCCAGUGAGUGGAAGCAUUGGUACCGGACAUUCAACAACUUCCUCGAAGCCAUAGCGUCUCAUAAGCCUGACAAGUUGAAGACGCUUGUUAACUACGUAGCACCACGAGUGUAUGAAUAUAUUGCUGAUAGUGAUGAUUAUGAUUCAGCAAUAACUACUUUGGAGAAGAUGUACGUGAAACCCAAGAAUGAAGUGUUUGCUCGUCACCUGCUGUCUACACGCAAACAACAAGCUAAUGAAUCCCUUAGUGAAUUUUUACAAGUGUUGAAACAACUCAGUGGUGAUUGUAACUUUAAGGCCGUGACUGCAGAAAAGUAUAAGGAGGAAGCAUUGCGUGAUGCUUUCAUUAGUGGCUUGCGUUCCUCUGUUAUUCGCCAACGCUUAUUAGAAAAUAAGACACUACAACUGCAGGAUGCUUUUGAUCAAGCACUAGCUCUUGACAUCGCUCAGAAAAGUAGUGACUCGUAUGAAUCUGUGAUUCCUUCGUUUAGUGCAGCCAGUGAUAAUCCCGAAGUGACCAAAUCGUCUCAGGAUGAAGCUAGUCAGGCUGCCGUGGCGGCUGUGCGAGUGUCGAGGAAUUCGAGGUGUUUCUUUUGUGGAAAUAAUAGACACCCUCGCACCAUGUGUCCAGCUAGAGAGGCGCUGUGUAACAAAUGCGGCAAAAAAGGGACACUUUGCCAAAAUGUGCAGGAGCUCUACUUCCGCAGCAAUCAGCACUGAAAACCCUAUGCUGGCCACAGUGUUAGCAGCCUCGCUUGACAGUCUCUCAAAAGCGGUGAGCUCACGCUAUUGUAGAGGCCGUGCGUAAAUGGAAACAUUAUUUGUCAGGCCGGCAUUUUACCCUCAUAACUGAUCAAAAAUCAGUGGCGUUCAUGUUUCACACUAUGCAUAAAAGUAGCAUUAAAAAUGAUAAGAUAAUGAGAUGGAGGCUGGAAUUAGCUGAUUACUCCUUUGAUAUUCAUUACCGACCUGGAAAACAGAAUAU